GCGGAGCACUUUAGAAGACGGAAGGCCAGCGCUAAGUCAGAAUCCAGAACUGGCAGAGAAGGUGUCACCGGCUUUCCUGGUGACCUGCGGGUCCCAAAGGUCCCCAAACUGGCGCGCAUGCGUCUCGCGCCCCUGCUGCUACUGCUGCUGCUGUUGCUCCUGCCACAGUCCUGGGCCGCGAGCACCCUUCGCUAUGACCCGACGUGGGAGUCUCUGGACAGCCGCCCACUGCCCGCCUGGUUCGAUCAGGCCAAGUUCGGCAUCUUCAUCCACUGGGGAGUGUUCUCCGUCCCCAGCUUCGGCAGUGAAUGGUUCUGGUGGUAUUGGCAAAAGGAAAAGAGACCCAAGUUUGUGGACUUUAUGAAUGAUAAUUAUCCCCCUGGUUUUAAAUAUGAAGAUUUUGGAGUGCUGUUUACAGCCAAGUAUUUUAAUGCCAGCCAGUGGGUAGAUAUUAUCCAGGCUUCCGGUGCCAAAUAUGUAGUCUUAACUUCCAAACAUCAUGAAGGCUUUACUCUGUGGGGCUCAGACCAUUCUUGGAAUUGGAAUGCAGUCGAUGAGGGACCGAAGAGGGACAUUGUUAAGGAGCUUGAGGUGGCCGUCAGGAACCAGAGUGAUUUGCACUUUGGACUGUACUAUUCACUUUUUGAAUGGUUCCAUCCACUUUUCCUGGAGGAUGAAUCCAGUUCCUUCGAAAAGCGGCAAUUUCCCAUCUUUAAGACGUUGCCUGAACUCUAUGGGUUAGUGAACAGGUACCGGCCUGACAUCCUGUGGUCCGAUGGGGAUGGGGGCGCACCAGAUCACUACUGGAACAGUACUGGCUUCCUAGCCUGGCUGUACAAUGAGAGCCCAGUUAGCAACACAGUAGUCACCAAUGAUCGUUGGGGAGCUGGUUCCAUCUGCAAACAUGGUGGCUACUAUACCUGCAGUGACCGCUACAAUCCCAGACAUCUUUUGCCUCAUAAAUGGGAAAACUGCAUGACAAUAGAUAAGUUCUCCUGGGGCUAUCGGCGAGAAGCUGGAAUCGGGGAUUAUCUCACAAUUGAAGAAUUGGUGAAGCAACUUGUGGAAACAGUGGCAUGUGGAGGAAAUCUUCUGAUGAAUAUUGGUCCCACACUAGAUGGCAUCAUUCCUGUAAUUUUUGAGGAGCGAUUAAGGCAAAUGGGAACCUGGCUGAAAGUCAAUGGGGAAGCUAUUUAUGAAACACACACUUGGAGAUCUCAGAAUGAUACUGUCACUCCAGAUGUGUGGUACACAUCUAAACCUGAGAGAAAAUUAGUCUAUGCUAUUUUCCUUAAGUGGCCUAUCUCAGGAAAGCUGUUUCUUGGACAGCCCAUAGGUAGCCUGGGAGAAACAGAGGUACAACUACUGGGCCAUGGACAACCACUGACCUGGACUUCUUCAAAGCUAAGUGGUAUUAUAGUGGAGUUGCCACAGCUAAGCCUUCAUCAGAUGCCCUGUAAAUGGGGAUGGACUCUCGCACUAACUAAUGUAAUUUAACCUGCAGCUGAGAGACAUAUGCUACAGGUACCUCUAACCCCAGGAAAUGGCAGCGUUUUAAAAAGUGGCACUAAAGAAAUCAGGGAAAAAAUGAUAAGAAAAAGCAAGUCAUUAGGCAAUGCAGCCUCCUUUUCUUUUAUUCCUAAAUUCUUUCUUAAAUUGCUCAUGUUACUAUUUGAACAUUUCAAUGCUUUUCUACAUAGUCUUCUUACUGAAUUCAUUUUACAUGUGAAUCUUAGGUGGAAAUAUGUUUUAGAGAAGCUAGAAACUUAUGAUGCUAUGGCUGAAUUUUCUCCCAACUCCUGUACUUAUAUUGAAGCCUUAACACCCCAUGUGGCUGUAUUUAGAAACAGAGCCCUUAAAAAGAGAUGGUUAAGAUUAAUCUGAAUCAUAAGGCUAGCCUUAAUACAAGAGGAUGUAGUGUCCUGAAAAGGAAAUAAAGAGACAACAAAGAUGCAAGAGCAUAGGGGAAGCCAUGUAAAGUGAUGGCAAGAAGGCUACCAUCUGCAAGGCAAGAAGAGUGAAGAAGAAACCAAAUCUCUCAACACCCUAAUCUUGGACUUCUGGCACCAAGACUGUGAGAAAAAUAACUUCCUGUUGUUGAAGCCAUUCAGGAUGUGUUUGGCCUCCCCUCACUAUGUUACUGAAUCCUCAUAUAUAAUGCAGGCAGUGUGUAAUACAUGUGGUUGGCUCUAUGUCUCCAGUGACUUCAGUGAUUAUCUUUUUAUUUUAAAGACUUCUAUUUGCUGUAGACAUUUUGAAAUAACAAGUCACCACUUAGAUCACCACUGUUAACAUUUCAGUUUAUAUUCUUCCAAUUUGGGGACAGAAAGAGGCAUGAGAUUGAAGGAUAGAGUUACAUUUUAAUAAGGGGUAAAACUCAAGUUGCAAACCUAGUUGAAAAUCAGGAAGGUAUAGUUAAUUACUUUUUUUGUUGCUGUGAUAAAACAUAAUGACCAAAGCAAUUUAUAGAAGGAGGAGUUUGUUUUGGCUUACAGUGCUAGAAGUAAGAGUCUAUCAUAGUGUGGAGGUAGAGCAACAAGCAGGCCUGGCAGUUGGAGGCCAUAGCUAUAGUGGGACUUUCUGGACCUGCCAGCUCUUAAAAUAAAACACUGAGACUUAUUUUCAUUAUGACUUAGGCCUUAGCUUGGGCUACCUCCCAGCUAGAUCAUCUAAUUUAAUUAAUCUGACUAUUUUAAUCAAUGACCCACCAUGUGGACCGUUACCCCUCUUUUAUUCAGUACCGGCAACUGUUCCCCUCCAUGUCAUACUGGCCAAUCUCAUGUAUCUGAUUCUUCUCCUAGAGACUCUCUCAGCCUGGAUGUCCUGCCUCUUCUCUCCUGCUUAAGGAACUUAAGCAGAAAGGCAAACAACUCAAAAUAGGAUCAGGAAAUCCCUGAAGCUGACCAGCUUUACUAGUAAUAAAAGUAAUACUAGUAAAUAAUAAAAGUAAUAAAAGCUUUGCAUCUCCUUCAAGCAGAAGGAAGCUGAGUUAUAAAGAAGACUAAGACCAGACUAGCUGCCUGGAGAAGGUCUAGACCGGAGCCACUUGGAAAGAUACUCUCCAGUCUGUUGAGCUGGCUAUCGGCUGUGCAGUGCACUCCAGGUUCCCAGUUUAUGUGAGAUGUCAACUGUACUGGGCUGAAAUGAUCAGUAUCCACUCAGACCCACCCAAGAUCAAGUUCUCUGCACAAAGACAUUUAUGUGCUCCAAGGAAACAAAGAACAAGGAAUAAGAGACAAAAACUUGAGACAGAGGAUGAGGGAGAAGGGGAAGAAAACAAGGGAGAGAGGUCAGGGAGAGUUGUCCUGGGGAACAAAGAACUGCCUUUGGAUACAGAGGAGACAGAUGUGGCCCGUACACAAAUGGUGGUUUAUAAAGCUAAAGGGGGAAAACCCAUGUUAGGAUGAGGUGUUUAAUUUUAAUUGGACAAGUUAAUUAGGUGAGCCAAAGGGAGCUUUUGGUUUCUGGACUUCAAUACUUUGAUAGCUGGACCUUGGUAGUCAGCCUUAGAAGGAAGAAGUAGCCAAAUAUGGGAACAGACCUUGGUGGUUAGCUUUAGAAAUGUAACCUAAUGGUUUUUAGCAAGGCAGAAAGGAAUGAGGGAGAAGGGCAUGGGCUACCAGUGCCACAUGCUCAUGUAGACUAGAAACCUUUCUGGGGUGGGCUUUUGUGAUGCAGUUAUCUCUGAGUCACUUCUGCUCCUGUAUUUAAUUUCUCACCCACAUUUCUGUAAGUAACUCCAAUAAAACUCAUUGGUUCACCAAGUUGGACUUUGGUAGUAUCUGUAAUUUGGCCUGUCAUGAGUAUAGGGUAAAAGGUCCAAGCUUUCUUCCAGAUUUGAAAAGCCACCAAUACCUGAGCUUAAAACCUCACUACUCCUUGAGCUCAAAAACCUACCAGUUGCUGAGCUCAAUCCCACCAGUCCCUGGGUUUGCCUCAUUCUCAGGACUUGAAAUCUCACCCAUUUCCACUUUGGAAAACUCCAUUCCCAAGAAACUAUAUAUAAGCCUGUCUCCUGUGUAGUCCCAUGCUGCUUCUCCCCUGAACAGAGACAGCCAUGUUCUUAUGUCUUUCCCAAUAAAUCUCUAGUGUGCGGUU